UUGAAGCCUCCCGGACCGCUCCCACCCAUCACGCGACACCCAGACUGGGAGUUUGAGAAGAUCCGGAUUGAUAUCGCGGGCCCGCCGCCACCGCCUGAACUUCGUUUCCCGCGAAGCCUUGCGGCGCCGAGUGAGGUGGUGCGCAGGCGCACGCACACCGUGCGUGGUGACGUCAGCAGUUCUAGAACGUUGCUGUGGUAGCGCACGGGCGCCAUGUUAGGACGAAGGGGAAGGAGGAGAAGCGCUUAAAGCGGCGGGAGCGGGCGCGGGAGUGGGGUUGGACCCACGGCUGAGGCAGGCUCCCCCUCCCUCCUGCCUCAGUGGAUCAUGCCCAGGGCGGCAGCGGCGGCAGCGGCAGCGCUUGCGGGGGGAAGUGAUUAGGCGGUGCUGGCGCAGGAGACGAUGCCGUUUCCAGUUACAACACAGGGAUCACAACAGACGCAGCUGCCGCCGAAGCACUAUGGCAUCACCUCUCCUAUCAGCUUAGCAGCCCCCAAGGAGACCGACUGGGUGCUGACGCAGAAACUCAUCGAGACUCUGAAGCCCUUCGGGGUUUUUGAAGAGGAAGAAGAACUGCAGCGCAGGAUUUUAAUUUUGGGAAAAUUAAAUAACCUGGUGAAAGAGUGGAUACGAGAAAUCAGUGAAAGCAAGAAUCUUCCUCAGUCUGUAAUUGAAAAUGUCGGAGGAAAAAUUUUUACAUUUGGAUCUUACAGAUUAGGAGUACAUACAAAAGGUGCCGAUAUUGAUGCAUUAUGUGUUGCACCGAGACACGUUGAUCGAAGUGACUUUUUCACCUCAUUCUAUGAUAAAUUGAAAUUACAGGAAGAAGUAAAAGAUUUAAGAGCUGUUGAAGAGGCAUUUGUACCAGUCAUCAAACUCUGUUUUGAUGGGAUAGAGAUUGAUAUUUUAUUUGCAAGACUAGCACUGCAGACUAUCCCCGAAGAUUUGGACCUACGAGAUGACAGUCUGCUUAAAAAUUUAGAUAUAAGAUGCAUAAGAAGUCUUAAUGGUUGCAGGGUAACCGAUGAAAUUUUACAUCUAGUACCAAACAUUGACAACUUCAGGUUAACUCUGAGAGCUAUCAAACUGUGGGCCAAACGCCACAACAUCUAUUCCAAUAUAUUAGGUUUCCUCGGUGGUGUUUCCUGGGCUAUGCUAGUAGCAAGAACUUGCCAGCUUUAUCCAAAUGCAAUAGCAUCAACUCUUGUACAUAAAUUUUUCUUGGUAUUUUCUAAAUGGGAAUGGCCAAAUCCAGUGCUAUUGAAACAGCCUGAAGAAUGCAAUCUUAAUUUGCCUGUAUGGGACCCAAGGGUAAACCCCAGUGAUAGGUACCAUCUUAUGCCUAUAAUUACACCAGCAUACCCACAACAGAACUCCACGUACAAUGUGUCCGUUUCAACACGGAUGGUCAUGGUUGAGGAGUUUAAACAAGGUCUUGCUAUCACAGAUGAAAUUUUGCUGAGUAAGGCAGAGUGGUCCAAACUUUUUGAAGCUCCAAACUUCUUUCAAAAGUACAAGCAUUAUAUUGUACUUCUAGCAAGUGCACCAACGGAAAAACAGCGCCUAGAAUGGGUGGGUUUGGUGGAAUCAAAAAUCCGAAUCCUGGUUGGAAGCUUGGAGAAGAAUGAAUUUAUUACAUUGGCUCAUGUGAAUCCCCAGUCAUUUCCAGCACCCAAAGAAAAUCCUGACAAGGAAGAAUUUCGUACAAUGUGGGUGAUUGGGUUAGUGUUUAAAAAAACAGAAAAUUCUGAAAAUCUCAGUGUUGAUCUCACCUAUGAUAUUCAGUCUUUCACAGAUACAGUUUAUAGGCAAGCAAUAAACAGCAAGAUGUUUGAGGUGGAUAUGAAAAUUGCUGCAAUGCAUGUAAAAAGAAAGCAACUCCAUCAACUACUACCUAAUCAUGUGCUUCAGAAAAAGAAAAAGCACUCAACAGAAGGAGUAAAAUUAACAGCUCUGAACGACAGCAGCCUUGACUUGUCUAUGGACAGUGACAACAGCAUGUCUGUGCCUUCACCCACCAGUGCUACGAAGACCAGUCCAUUGAACAGCUCUGGCAGCUCUCAGGGAAACAGUCCUGCUCCAGCUGUGACGGCAGCAUCUGUGACCAACAUCCAGUCUCCUGAAGUCUCCGUGCCACAAACAAAUUCCAGUGACAGCUCAGGGGGUACAUCGAGUGAAAGCAUUCCUCAAACUGCCACACAGCCAGCCAUUUCGCCACCACCAAAGCCUACAGUCUCCAGAGUUGUUUCCACAACACGUCUGGUAAACCCACCACCUAGACCUUCAGGAAACGCAGCAACAAAAAUAUCUAAUACUAUAGCAGGAGUCAAGAGGACAUCUUCCCCUCAUAAAGAAGAGAGUCCCAAGAAACCCAAAACAGAAGAGGAUGAAACAAGUGAAGAUGCUAACUGUGUUGCUUUGAGUGGACAUGAUAAAACAGAAGCAAAGGAACAACUUGAUACAGAGACAAAUACAACUCAAUCAGAAACUACUCAGACAGCGGCUUCUCUGUUGGCCUCUCAGAAAACAUCCAGUACAGACCUUUCUGAUAUCCCUGCUCUCCCUGCAAAUCCUAUUCCGGUUAUCAAGAAUUCAAUAAAAUUGAGAUUGAAUCGGUAAAAACAACCUCAGGGGUCCAUAAACAAUAUCUGCCAACUCAACCUGUUGUCUUCAAAUGCUAAAAAAGGAGAAUGGAGGGUACAAGACUAGACAAGACUGAAAAUUUAUUAGGUUUUUUUGGUGACCUCCCUCACUGGGCUAAUCAGCACUUGAUCGGAAGUCCAGGUUAGUAUGUGAAGCCAGGAGUACUGUUAUUAUUGUGUUAGCAACAGUUGCAUUAACUAUUUAAAAAAAAAAUUACUGCCUUUAAAAAAAAGAACCUCAAGCUAUAUUUGUAUCCAUAAUUGACAUCUGGAUUUGAUUUAUGUUUGAUGCAUUGUUUGGAAAAUUUGCAAUACAAACUGGCAUAAGAAUUCCUUAUUCUGAUGAUGCACUUUUAUGUAUUUUUUAUUAGAAAGUAGAACUAGUUUUAGAUUUUUCAGCUUGAUGGAUUUUCAUUUUUUCCCAAAGAAUUUCCUUUACCCUUAGUCUUCAAAUUGGAUACCAUUGUGCAGUGGUGUACUGUCUUACUUACAAGAGUACAUCUAGUUCAGUCCAUGUGAGGUAGUGGUAGCCCGGAAAAAUGAAAUGUCAACUCUCGGGUGUACGUUUGACACUGAAAGAAUAAUUAGGAAAUACUUGGUUUUGAUGGGGUUAUGAUUAAGAAAUGAUAUAUUGGUUUUAUUUAUAGAAUCGUUUUGUAGUGCAUACAAAUCAGCGAUCAGCCAGCAAAUAUAUUUUUUUGAGCUUACUGAAGCUCCAUAUUCUUUUGCCUUCUGUUAUCUUUAAAACAAAUGAAAAACCUUUUUGAGCCCCCUCCCCUUUUUAGAUUUUGUGUAUAUGCACAAGGUGGUAGGACUUACUUCACAAAAACUAAAAUGCCAGUAUUUUCUUAAGCCGUGACGUGAAACCAGUGACUGGGUGGCUACAUGGCACAGAACACUAAAUUUUGGUCCCAUGGCCAUUUGAUCUCUAAAUAAGAGGAAUUUUGUACACUCCACAGAUCUCCUUUACCUGUCUAUAAAUUGAUUUUCAAUUUUAAACAUGUGGGCAAAAAGGCAUUUUCUCCAAGAUUUUUAAACUAAUUUUUAUUUUUAACUGGUUUACCAAAAUUUGUCAGCAAAUUUUACAUACAGAAACAUUUUAAAAAUCAUUUCUAGCAAGCACUUAACAUCUAGUCAGCUCUUUACUCCUUUUUUGUUUUGUUUUAUUCUAGCGAAGGAUUAGAACCACCUUUCUGUAAAGAAAAUAAUUUCUCAUAAUAAAGUAACAUAACGUCCAUCUUCACAAUGUAUAAGGGAUGCCAGAUGUUGAUAAAGUUACUGUUUCUUAAUCUGGACAAAGCAAACCUAACAAGAUUUCUCCAGUGAGCAUGUUUUUGAAUCUUCCAUUGUGCUCCAUUCUAUCACAUGUACAUUUUUCACGUUAAACUGCAAUUACUUACGACUCUUCCCCAUCCUUCUAAAUUAAUUUUCUGAAGUUGGAGUAUAGUCUUUUCCCCUUAGGCUAUGCAUUAAUUGAGGCUUUCUUUUCCCCAUGACUUUAUAAUGUCUAGUAUACAAUAUUUCUACUUCCCACAUCUUUGCUCCACACAGUCGCCUUGCCAUUCCUCCCAACCACCUAGGAAGAAAAGAUGGUCAACUAGCAGGUGAAGUGUACAAGGUGUCUGUGUGUGUUGUGUAGCUUCAGAGUUAGAUUGAAAUUGCCAGGCACAGAUUUAGUCUUGUCAUUUUGUUUACACGUUGGGGAAAAACUUCAGUUUAUUAAACGUUUCAUGUAACUGCAUCCAAGUUUUGCCAAGCUGCAAACUUGGACUUUCUCUGUGUAGUGACUUUUUAAUUCUAGUUUCAUAAUCUGGAAAUCAGACUGUUGCUUUCGCAUGAUGUAUGUAGUGUCUCAUGACUGGAGUUUGCUUUGUUUUAUAGUAUCUGUGCUCCUUGUAUUUUUCAAGAGCUAUUUUGUAAACAGAUGAUGUAUUUCUCCAUUGAAAACACAAUAAAAUUUAAAAAAAAAAAAA